AUGCAUUUGAUUCUGGCUGCCAUCUUGUGUAGCCUGCAAUUUGCUACUGCUUGGUGGGGACAAAGUCAGAAAGCCAUUCCCAUCGGGGUUGCUAUUCACAGCUGCACUCAGAAAGAUGUUGUUGCACUCACCUUUGACGAUGGGCCAUUCUAUUACACAGAUCUACUCUUGAACCUCCUUGCCGAAGCUGACAUGCAUGCUACCUUCUUUGUCAACGGAAAAACUGGGCAAACAUUCAGGAUUAUCGCUCCACCAUCAUUCGAAUGGUUGAAGAAGGGCAUCAAGUUGCCUCGCACACCGAAUCUCGACGAGGCCAAUAUCAAGCUAGAAAUGACCAAGCUGGAGGACGAAUUCAUCAAAAUCCUCGGCAAAUUUCCCAUCUACAUGCGUCCGCCGUUCUUGAGCUACAACAGCCAGACCCUGAAGGUCCUGGGCGAACUUGGGUACCACGUCAUUGAUACCGAUAUAGAUACUCUUGACUGGCAGCACAAUGCGCCUCACGCGGUGGGACAAUCUUUGGGACUGUUCUCGACCAGGCUGUGGAAUGGAGGUUCCAUUGUUCUGAUGCAUGAUAUUCACCGCAAUACGGUUAUGAAUCUGGUGCCGCUGGUUAUCAAGCAGCUCCUCCAAAGUGGGAAACGAGCCGUUACGAUUGGGGAAUGUCUUGGGGAUCCCGAGAAAAACUGGUACCGGGAUUCACGUUCCGUGGUCAAGUAUUUGGUCAAAGAUCACUCAAAGACAACCAAGGACUGGCACGUGUAUAAUAUUUGGGAAGCCAACAAGCUUACUUGGUCCGAGUAG